AUGCCCGUCCAACUCCUUCCGGCGUCGGCCGCCGCCUUCGCUCCUCGGGCUUCAUCCGUCAACGUCGUCUUGGGUUCAAAAGUUGAGCCUUGGCUUACACAAACACUCAAGCGUAUCAACCGUGUCAAGCGUCCUCUCAACUCUGUCCCUCAACAUCAGCGAUGUCUUACCGAGACUCUAUCAUCGCCAAAUGCCAUCUGGACAUUGACAUCGCUCAUGUUGCCCAAGACACCCGAGUCCGAUUUCAAGCGGGAUUCUGCCAACCCCCUAGUCGAGGCUAUCAUGAACUAUGAGCUCGUUCACGUUGAGGCUUAUAUCGUUCACGUUGAUAUGGUUUUGCGAAAUGAGGUCGCCUACAAGCUCACAAAAGAUACCAUCGAUGCUCUUGUUGAGUACCACAAGGAGAUCCACUGUGUCGAUGCCAAGGCCAACACAUACGACUGGACCGACAAGGAACAACAGUGCAAGAAGCUUCACGAGGAUUUUGUCCAGGACAUCAACAAGUUUGUUUUCCGCACCCACGUCUCAGCCCUCGAGGGUCUCGAGGAGGAGGGUGCCGGCGAACUGCUCUGCGGCAAGAGUGAGGAGGUUAAGAACAACAUCAGCGCUCUCAUGAAGCCUCUGCUACCCCCUCCUCCUCCUCGCGUCAUUGAAGUUGUCCGACAACCCACACUGCUGCCCAGCUCUCCCGCUCACAACAUGUGGUCACAACCUGGCUACCAUGGUAACUUGGCCGCCGUCGACUCAUGGCAAGUGCUUCCUUCAAGCCCUAGCGUCACAUCAUCGGCCGAUUCAAACACAAGUCCCAUCUGGGCACCGAUGACUAUGAGCGACUUGUCACCUACUCCUGCCUUCACCCAGCCUCACUCCACUGCUGGUUUCUAUUGGAGCUCGCCUCCAGUGACAGCCCCCAUCCCCGCUCUCCCUCUUCCUAGCAUGCUCGCUCCCGCUCAAUGCGGCAUCGGCAUGGGUAUGGGAGGAAUGGGUGGCAUGGGAAGCAUGGGUGGCAUGGGCGGUAUGAGUGGCUUCGGCUGGGAUCGAUACCAAGAGUAUGCAACCAUUAUGUGA